AAACCAUUCACAUUUAUGACAUGAAAAAGAAGGUAGACCACGGGGCUCUAGUGCAUCACAACGGGAACAGAUGGAGUCAAGACCAGAAGGAGUCGAUGUGGGACAGCGAAAUUUCCAAAAUAAGAAAUAGGAUAAUAGGGAAGGAGGAAAACAUGGGUGAAGAUGGCAGAGUCUCCUGCCUUGACAAGGUGGGACAUAAAUAAGCCCGCAUGUUAUUAGUGCUUUUGGGGGUGCGAAACUUUUCCUCUGAGAUCUUUGGCUCUUUCAGCAUAAAGGGCGGUGUCAAGGAUUGACCAAGGGACUCACACCCUUCUUAAGAGGACAUAGUAGUAAGAUGGUUUGCGGCCAGGCUCUGUUCCACUAACUCAUGUCUGCAGUUGUAGCGCCAGAGCAGCCGAAGACAUGUUGUAACUGAACGAGGCCGGCGUUUGCAGAAACAGGCCACCAGCCAGACUGACCUGCAGAAGUAGUUGGCCCACCCCUCAACCGCAGGGCCGUUAAGCGGGGCAACGGUAACUUCAAAGGGUCAGGAGUCUUCCUCGAGGACUGCUUCGGUGAGGUGGAAGAAUGCUGGGUUCCUCCCUCACCCCCUCCAGCCCUGUAACGCUGGAGGAGAACGUCAGGUCUUCCCGGCGCCAGCGCCAGGGCUGUCGGGGAAAUUCCUGGGCCACCCAGGCUUCACUUGGAGCGGAGGGAAGUGGGAUGUUUUGUAAAAGUUGAAAAGAUGUAGGAAAAGGUGUUAACUGUGGGAGGGAGAUGACAGGGCAGAGGUAGAGAGCAUAACAGUUUACAAAAUUGUAAUACAUUUUCAUAACAGAAUUGUGCAGGAGUCAAAUCAGAAACAGCUCUGAAGGCAUAAUAGUUGGAUCACAGCUGGGUAGCUAAUUCUCUGUUGGGAAAGAAGCAGCCAUGGGACUGUAUAUCCUCUUUUGUUCCCCACAUUAGCUGGUUCGUUUUAUUUGGAUUCUACUCAAACUCCCCUAGCCAGCGUCUUCUGAAUUUAUGAGUAUGGGAUGUACAGCAAAAAAGUGAACUGAUUAGUUCAAAUCUGUAGCUACAACUAAGGAAACUCUGCCAAAAAUGCUUGCAUAGGCUUGAAGCUGUGUUCCUAUAUGAAAGAAAUUAAUUUCUUCACCUAAGACUGUAAGGCAUAUUUCAGUAAUAUUAAGACACUGGACAUUUCACUUACUGCAGCAUAGCCUUCAAACCACAAAAGGAGUUUGCACUCAAAAUGAGUAUUAAUUUUGCCUGUCUUGGUUUUUCCACAGGCACAAUAACUUGCCUGAAAUUUUACGGCAACAGGCACUUAAUCAGCGGGGCUGAGGACGGACUCAUUUGUGUCUGGGAUGCAAAGAAAUGGGAGUGCCUAAAGUCGAUAAAAGCCCACAAAGGACACGUGACCUUCCUUUCCAUUCACCCAUCUGGCAAGUUGGCCCUGUCUGUGGGGACAGACAAGACACUAAGAACAUGGAAUCUUGUGGAAGGAAGAUCGGCAUUCAUUAAAAAUAUCAAGCAAAAUGCUCACAUAGUGGAAUGGUCCCCAAGAGGAGAGAAGUAUGUAGUUGUCAUACUGAAUAAAAUAGACAUCUAUCGGCUUGACACUGCAUCUGUCUGUGGCAGCAUCACAAAUGCGAAGAGAGUGUCCUCGGUUACUUUUCUUUCGGAGUCUGUUCUUGCAGUGGCUGGAGAUGAAGAAGUUGUGAGGUUUUUUGACUGUGAUUCACUAACGUGCCUCUCGGAAUUUAAAGCCCAUGAAAACAGGGUGAAAGACAUGUUCAGUUUUGAAACUCCAGAGCAUCAUGUUAUCGUUACAGCAUCGAGUGAUGGUUUCAUCAAGAUGUGGAAGCUGGAGGAGGAUAAGAAAGUUUCCCCAUCUUUACUGUGUGAAGUAAACACCAACGCCAGGCUGACCUGUCUUGGAGUGUGGCUGGACACGGUGACAGACACGAAAGAAAGCCUGCCUCCAGCUGCAGCGCCUCCUCCUGUGAGUAAAGAAGAACGGUCCAAAAGCAGCAACAAGGAAUCUGGCGAUACAGCGCAGGAGGAAGAAGGGCAGCCGAAAGCUGACAGGAAGAAAUGCGGUGUAAGUGGUGACAGCAGUAAGCCAGCCCAAGGAAGCAGCCUGGUGUCAGCCAAGAAGAGGAAAAGGGUAGAAAUGUUGGAAAAAAAGAAGAAGAAAAUAGGAACAGUGUCGAGAAUCUCAGAUUUCUCCUGAGAGAAAAACUUCUUCAAGUGUACUUUCAUUUUCCUGAGUAAAAGCCAGGAAUUUCUUCUUUUGAAGAAAAUGUACAGCUUAAAAAUCACUUUCAGGUUUUUUUAAAAUGGUAAAACUUUUUGAUAGGCAGUGUUUUAUUAAUUAUCGUGGUGAUACAUAGUAUGUUAAUGUAUAAUGCAUAAUUUUUACUAUUGCAUAAAGCCCAUGAAAGUUACAACAUAUUACAGCUUAAAAUACAGAAUCUUCAACACAUUUAUUUACCAGAGGUGGAUAAAGGACUUGUUUUUCAGAUUUUUCACAGUGGGGGGAAAAUGAAAAACUUUCAUUACUUUGGCUUCUUCGGGUGGUUCUAAUAAUUUUAUUAUGAAUUUUGUUCAUUUUGGUAACAAACAGUAUAAAAAGAUUUUCAUACCGGGAA